AUAACAGUUACAGUAUCCCGUGGGCUAUAUAACGGUUCGGGUGUAAUUCAAAUUUACUCCACAUAAAUCGUAUUUCAUAGGACCAUAGUGACGAUUCGUAGACAAAAUUAUAUUGUGUCUUCGAUCAAGGACAUUUUUCUUUUAUAGACCUCCACAACCUGAAGCAAUUUAUUUUUAUUUUUGUUGUUGUUGUUGGUGUAUUAAAAUGCCCUGUCAAUUUUAUUUACUGAAUGUUAUCUUUUGUUGGUUUUGUUUUCUUAUGCCAAUGCCAAGUGCUGAGUCGCAAUAUGAUGUGAUACACUUUACGACAGAACAAAAUGAAAAGAAAGUGCUUGAAUUCCUCAUGGUAACGGAAGUAAACUGUGGAGAAACGCAGACGAUGGUAGAUGUGUGCUUUAAGAAUCUACCUCCACAUUUAAUGGAAUUCCUACAGAAGACGAAAAUAGCAGUAAAUAAGGAUGAAAUUGCUUCUAAGUGCACAGUUUUUAAACGUGGAAUGGAAUGCUUUGAUCGUUAUACGGAGCGCUGUUUACCUAAAGAUAAAGUUUUUCAUUUUCAAAAUAAUGUGGCUGGUGCAAGGAAAUUUUUGAGUAAAUUUUGUGAUGAUCAUAAAUUUCAAAAAGAAUACUUAAAACACAAAGAGUGUUUCUACCAUAUUCAAGAGGAUUGGAAACGAUGCACAAAAGAAUUUCAAAGUAUUCUAUUAAAUGAGCUUCGCGGACACAACACAAUGAAUAUAACAAACAAAUAUAUGCAAUUUUGUUGUGCUCGACAUGCUUAUGAAACAUGCAUAUACAACAGUGCUCGUUUCAAAUGCUUCCAGAAUGCAACGAAAUUCUCAACUGAAACGGCCAAAAUGUUAUCGGAGGAAAAACUUUUCAGCAAUUGCCGACAAUAUGAGAACUUGGUGUGUGCUGCACCUAGAAUUUCUGUCAAAGAACAAACUUUUAGCUUGGUUUUUCUAUUAAUUUGCUUAUUUACAGCAGUGAUUUGAAGAAACAUUUGUUUAUAAAUAAGACACAAAUAAAUAAU